AUGAAGAAAUCUUCUCGUUCAAGCGUUUAUUGUUCUAUAGGGAUUCCAACAAUUUAUGCAUUUUUUAUUCUUUGGCAAUGUUGGCAAAUAUGUAUUUCAAUACCUAAAACUCAAGUUAUUUGUUCAAUUUCUGAUUGUUAUCAAAAAGAUGUUGGACAAUUGUCUUUCCGUAAUUCUUUAAUUAUUAUUGGAUUUUCUACUUUAAAUUAUAUUUUAAUUUGGAUUUUAUUAAAAUAUCGUUCAGAUAAUGCUUUGGCUAAUAAAAAAGGGGCAGAUUAUACCCAACGAAUUUUUAAAUCUUUAAUGGUUAUUACAACAAUGGUUGUUGCAGGAUGGAUGUUAAAUGCAGGCAGUCGUUUUAUCAUGCCUCUACUUUCACUUAAUCCUUUGCAAACAUUUUAUUUUUCUUCAAUACUUGGAUGGAUAACAAAUUUUGUUAUGGCUUGUAAUGCUCCUGUAUUAUACAAAUUUAGUAAAGACUAUAAAAUUGCUUUUAAUUCUUUCUUUCGAAGAGGUAUAGCAACAAUAGGAAUAAAUAAGACAAGAACUGUUCAGGGUACAGUAGUAACCAAUAAAGUUGGUCAAAGCAUAGGAAAUCUUGAUUUAUCAGUUAAUCUAAAUAAAAGUACAACUUUCAUGCCAAAGAAGGCAUGGUAA